AUGGCCGUAUGGGGCGGCGGGGCGGCCCGAGCGCUCACCCGCGCCCUGCGGCGCCGGCGGGCGGCGGCCGUGCUGCCGGGGGCUGCGGGCGAUGACCAUGCUGAUCUGUCUUUUCAGACAGGUCUGAGAGAUAUCCUUCAGGACUCCAACAGGAAAAGACAACUGAAAUUUGGUAGUAGCUUGCCUGUCUCUCUGACUGAAAUGAAAAGCAACAUUUUCACUGUGAAGAGACCUUUCAGCACUUCACACUCAUCAGUGGAUUCAAAGGAAAUGAAAAAAUUCCAGCUCCUUGCACAUAAGUGGUGGGAUGAAGAAGGAGAAUAUGCAGCCCUUCAUUCUAUGAAUGAUAUUAGAGUGCCAUUUAUUAGAGAUACUCUGUUGAGCAUGAGUGGUAAUUAUCAUCUGGGAAGUCCACUUUCAGGAAUGAAGAUUCUUGACGUGGGCUGUGGAGGAGGACUGCUGAGUGAGCCUUUAGGUAGACUGGGAGCUUCAGUUACUGGAAUUGAUCCUGUGGAGGACAACAUUAGAACAGCAGAUCAGCACAAGUCAUUUGAUCCAGUCCUGGCCGAGAGAAUACAGUACAAGUCCAGUUCACUGGAGGAGAUUGUGGAAGAGUCUAUGGAAACCUUUGAUGUAAUUGUAGCUUCUGAAGUAGUGGAGCAUGUGGCUGACCUUGAAAUGUUUAUCAAGUGUUGCUCUCAGGUGUUAAAGCCUGAAGGUUCUUUAUUCAUUACGACAAUCAAUAAAACACAAUUGUCCUAUGUCCUGGGAAUUGUGGUUGCAGAAAAAAUAAUGGGGAUUGUACCAGAAGGAACACAUGAAUGGGAGAAAUUUGUUCCCCCUGAAGAGCUGGAGCGUCUCCUGGAAUCAACUGGCUUUUCCGUGAGGAGCGUGCAGGGGAUGCUGUACAAUCCGCUCUCGGGCUCCUGGAGCUGGGUGCAGAGCACGAGCCUCAACUACGCGCUGCACGCCGUCAGGGCCGGGGCUGCCCCACAGCCACACACCACAGACACCCUGCCUCAGACAGAUGUUCAGCAGAGCUCAGGCACAGCUGGCACAGCUGGCACUGUCCCAGACAGCGCUGUCUGACUGUGUGCUGAUGGACUGUCACCAGAACAGAAAGUGAGCUUUUAGUCAGAUGGACACAAUAAAACCUUUGCCAACAA